CCCCGUUUCCAGCACAUUUCAUUUGUCCAUUUGCCAUUCCCAACUCACACACGCACAUCUUCAUGACUUCUGCCCCUGAAGGACCCUUUUCGCAUCCGUUGUUCAUUGAUCAAGCAUGUGCCGUACACCCGAGACAUAGCCAUGGCCACUUCAAUGGCCAUUGGAAGGCUUAUCACUCCCUGGGAUCAAGCCGCCUCCGAGCUGGGCCAAACCCACGAUGCUCAUGACAUGACCGCUCUCCAACAGGACAAACGCCCGAGGAGCCAGCUGAGAUAUACUGCAUCAACUCCAUCGGAUUUGCCGUCGUCGCUCCCGUGUCGACGCCUCUCAGCUGCUGCUACUGAAGCGGCCCAUGCAGACGGCCAUAUUGCGGCUCCGGCUACGCCUUUGUCGGAGCUACAGGCCGGUUACCAAAUCCAGAUCCAUCACCGUUCGCCCUACGCAAAGCCUUCGCUCCACCACAUCCACCAUGCCGGAUUCCGAUAUUCUGACCACACAGCAUCGUCAUGUGCUCAUGGUUGUGCUGACCUUGAGAAAUACGUUCCACAGCAUGGGCCGGCAAACCAUGCCACCGAGGGGUCUCCAGUAAAUGCCUCCAUUAGAAACGCUAGCCUCCACUCCCGCCUUCGAGACACCACCACUUCCUUGGACGGCUAUAUUGAUGAUCCUCGCGCAAGCCAUGAUCAUGUACGCCAAGAAGUAAAUACAUCAUCUGCCCCAGAAGUACAAGACGCUCACGGCACACAAUGCCCUUUGAUAGGAUACAGGGAUGUAUCAGAUAAAGACGCACAAGACAUCCGUAUUCCAAGUUCAGACAUAUAUCUUCAUCAAGCGCGAACAAAUGGAUCUAGCACAUCCGCUAAUACAGGGUCGGGCCUUGCCGAGAUUCACGCCAUACGACCCUUUGUCUCCACUUUUAAAGGUUCAGGGUGUGUUGGAUCUCCGCAACGAGAUACAGAUAGCUCAACGACACAUCAUCAUGCACAAGUCUCUGGAUUUCUUAAUGAUGUGUCGUACAAGGGCGUGCUGCCGUCUGAUAGAGCAUGCCUUGUCAAUACAUCAUCACCUUUAGAUGCACGGCAGAAGCCUAGAGGUAUCAAACCCGGCAAAACUUCGACCCAGGUGGAACAACUCGUCUUGAAAACCGCUAUAGAUGGCCAAGCCGCGAUCCAUGUACCUCCAAGAGAUUCUCGCUCUUCUAGUGGCGCUUCGCCAUUUGUAUCACGAAGUCUAUCUCAGUCAGCAUCGGCCAAUAGCACGUCAAGCCUGACACCCAGGGCAGCGACAAAUAAUGGCCUCGCAGUGUCCAUAGUCCCCAAACGUACACACAAGAAAUUUCUCUCUCCCGGCUCCGUAGGUCUCUUGCUAUCUUAGUAGUGCGAACAUAAACUGAUCGAGUCAAGAUUGUCAAGCACGAGUACAUGCAGAAUGAUCCAGGUCAGGUUCAAGGACUAAAUCUGGUGUGGGCUGCAUCUGCACGACCAAGUAAGCGGCUCAGCGAGGAGCAAAAGGCACAGAGAAAGAAGAAAAAGGAGACCGGAACAUGCCCCAGAUGCAAGAAGCUUAAGCGGGUGGUAAAUUAAACUACUGCGAUUGGUC